AUGUCAGUUCAAAGGCCAGUUCAAAUGCCGGUUCAAAUACCAGCUUUAAUAACAACUCAAAUGCCGGUUCGAAUGCAAGCUCAAAUGCAAGCUCAGCAAGUACAAGCUUUGAUCGAUCAAUGUCGAACACCACCGGCUUUGCUAAGGAUUUUCUCUUUUAAU